ACUUUAUUUGGACGAACUGUGGCAAAAGCACUGGGCGAACGUAUCCCAGCAUGCAACGCGCGUCCGUUCUCUCUCUCUCUCUCACCCCUGCAGUGAGUAGACUCACAUCCAGGGAAAGAACUAAUGGCGGCCGGGAAGUCCGCGCUGCUUUGAUACCAAAUCUACAAAGCGUAAUACAGCAUAACCUACGAUACUACAUAAGUGAGGGCGAUUGAAAAACAAAAAGGAGAAAUACACGUGUUAAGACAUACUUGAAGAAUUGAUAAAAGGGAGUUGUGCGAAAACAGGGUUGCGAUAGCAGCUUCUGUUUGCCCACUUUUAAAAUGGAUGAACACCCCGGAGGAGUAGGAAUGGCCGCUCCGAGAGUGCAGCAGACAGCACAGCAAGGAAAUAAUAACGUUGUUCCCCAAACUGGGGCCGGAGGCGGUACCGCGAUGGUGCAGCAGCAGGACGAUAUGCCUCGACCGCAGCAGUACACUAUCCCGGGUAUCCUACACUACAUCCAGCACGAAUGGGCCCGCUUUGAGAUGGAGAGGGCGCACUGGGAAGUGGAGAGGGCCGAACUGCAGGCUCGAAUAGCAUUUCUUCAAGGAGAAAGAAAAGGUCAAGAAAAUUUAAAGAAUGAUCUAGUUAGAAGAAUCAAAAUGUUAGAAUAUGCAUUAAAACAAGAAAGAGCUAAAUAUCAUAAAUUAAAAUAUGGAACAGAACUAAACCAAGGUGAAGUGAAGAUGCCCAGCUUUGAAUCAGAAGAAACCAAAGACUCUGAGGUCCCAGCCGUUCCCCAGUAUGGUCAGUUAACAUGGAAACAAGGCCGACAACUGCUCAGACAGUAUCUUCAAGAAGUUGGCUAUACGGACACCAUAUUAGAUGUGCGGUCUCAGCGAGUCCGGUCAUUAUUGGGUCUGUCUGGAUCUGAACAAAAUGGCUCAGUUGAGACAAAAAAUCUGGAACAGAUUCUCAACGGUGGGGACUCUCCAGCCAAGCAAAAGGGCCAAGUCAUGAAGAGGAAUCCGGGUGAUGUUUUAGAAACAUUUAACUUCUUAGAAAAUGCUGAUGACAGUGAUGAGGAUGAGGAUGAAGAAGGAGAUAUGGUGGAUGAUAUCUCAGACCGAACAGUAAAGCACAGAAUAAACAAGCAUAAAAUAAAGAUUGGAAACGAGGGUCUAGCCUCAGACCUGCCAGACGAUGCUGACACAGAGGAGGCGCUGAAGGAGUUUGACUUUCUGGUGAAUGCAGAGGAUGGAGAGGGUGCUGGUGAGGCGAGGAGUUCAGGAGAUGGAACGGAGUGGGCUGAACCACUGCCAUUUCCUACGAGUGGGGGAAAGUCCUUCAUUAUGGGCUCUGAAGAUGUACAGGAAAUAGUGUUAGGCCUCGGAGACUUGGCAGACUUAACGGUCUCCAAUGAUGAGGCGGAAUACAGCUAUGAUUUGCCAGCCAAUAAGGAUGCAUUUAGGAAAACAUGGAACCCUAAGUACACGUUACGGAGUCACUUUGAUGGUGUACGUGCCCUGGCCUUUCACCCAGUGGAGCCGGUACUAGUGACUGUAUCUGAGGACCACACCCUUAAGUUAUGGAACCUGCAGAAGACUGUUCCUGCCAAAAAAAGUGCCUCUUAUGAUGUGGAGCCCAUUUAUACUUUCAGAGCUCAUGUCGGCCCCGUUCUCUCUUUGACCAUAACAUCUAGUGGGGAGCAGUGCUUCAGUGGGGGUCUGGAUUCAACUAUACAGUGGUGGAAUAUUCCAAGCUCAAAUGUGGAUCCCUAUGACACCUAUGACCCCAGUGUUCUGGCCGGGACCCUACGGGGGCACACAGAUGCAGUGUGGGGACUGGCCUACAGUGGCAUAAAAAAUCGACUGCUGUCCUGCUCUGCCGAUGGCACUGUGCGGCUUUGGAGUCCAGCGGAGAAGUCACCGUGCAGCUGUACCUACAAUGUAGACAGGGAGCAUGGCAUUCCUACUGCGGUGGAUUUCAAUGGCUGUGAUCCAGCCCACAUGAUGGCCUCCUUCAGCACAGGCAACACUGUCAUCUACGAUCUUGAGACCUCCCAGUCUGUUGUGCUGUUUAAGGCCCAAGGGGAGAGCAUUCUCCCAGCAGCCAACCACAUCAAUAAGGUUGUGAGUCACCCAACCCUGCCUGUAACCAUCACAGCGCAUGAGGAUCGACACAUCAAGUUUUUUGACAAUAAGACAGGAAAACUUAUUCAUGCAAUGGUAGCACACCUGGAUGCUGUGACCAGCUUGGCCGUGGACCCUAAUGGGAUAUACCUCAUGUCAGGAAGUCAUGACUGCUCAGUUCGUCUCUGGAACUUGGACAGCAAGACCUGUGUGCAAGAAAUUACUGCCCACCGAAAGAAGUCUGAUGAGUCCAUCUAUGAUGUUGCCUUUCACCCAUCCAAGGCAUUCAUAGCCAGUGCUGGGGCUGAUGCGUUGGCCAAAGUUUUUGUUUAACACUCCCUGAUGCCCAAAUGGCUUUGAGCACAGAAAGGACAUGAUGCUUUACUGCCUUGUGUAACAACAGUACUGUUUUGGCACUACAUGGGAACUGUACUCUUCCUCCUCCCUGGUUUGCACACUCGAGGUAUCAGGAAGAGGAUGUUCUCAGCAGGGGUAGUGACUAUGUCAGUUAUGCCUAAGUUUUUAAACUAAUUAAUCUGACUCUAUUUACUGUAAGCUAAAGCAGGAGAAACCAGUAUUUGUAGCCUUUAACUGGACUUGAGCAAAAAUCUGUUUCUGUAAAUGUAUUUUAGUGACUUGUCUGAUAUGCUGGGAACUGGGGGCUCUGCUCCCCCACUCAGUUUGUUGGGCUACACAUUAGUUCAGACUCACAACCCUGUCAACAUUCAUGUAGCGCAAAAGAUGUUGAAUAAAGUGUUUAAAUGAGUAAUAACAUACAUACAUUAGCAUUAGUUCAUUACAUUUUUCUGUAAAAAUAUAUAAUUUUUAUAAACCUUUUUAUAUAAAUGGAGCCUGUGCUGACAGUGCUAAAAAUUGUAAGAAAAAAGUUCAAAAUAAAAAAAAAAAAAAUCAAAAAAGGAGUAUUAAUCCCAAGAGAACCCUCUGGCAUUCACAGUUUACUACCCCAUUUUCAUAUACCUAUACUGUACCUGUCACUGAAGCAGCUGAUGAGUCCUGACUUAUGGAUGCUCUCUAACAUUACAUUAAAAUCACAUCAUCGAAGACCUUAGGAGGAACACAAAGAAACAGGGUUCAUGGCUUCCUGUGAGCUCUUAAGAAAAUAAAAUGCAGCAUCCUAUCACUAUGUGAUAUUUUUGUACAUCUUAUUGUAUUUACAAGUUAAUUUAUCACAGGUUAGACAUCUUAACGCUAUUGGCUUGUUAUUUAUUUCAGUAUGUUAGUCUUACUUUUUUAUUUGCUGCAUAAAUGAGCCUGAAGAUACCUUUGAGGUUUGGCUUCUUCGGACAAUGAUUGAAACAGAUUGAAAACAAGGAAAGUUAUGUUAAUAUAAAUGUUUUUGAACACUAAUUACACAAGUGAAUAUUUGAAGUCUAAUAAUUGAGUCUGGUUUUGAUCCAGACAAUAAAUCAAUGCCUACGUAGCAUGGGGAGGAAGAGUUGUUCUUUUUCAUCCAAAAGUUUUUAAAUUAAGGGGUUUUAAGAACAAGCAUUGAUUAAUCAUGGUUCAGAAUAUGCCCUUUUGGUUUUGGUUUCCUUUUGUUUCUAAUAUUUUCAAACAUGCUUCAAUUACUGGUGUAACAAGAUUUUUGUUCUUUAUGUAAUGCAUGGUUAAUAAAGUAUUUUUUUCUAGUCUUCCACCAACAGUUUCUGAUCUGUUUGCAAGUUUUAAUGAGUUUUGUAAGAUUGUUUUAUGAAAUAUGAAAUGGAAAAUUUUUAAGAUUGUACCACAUAGCAAAGUACAACUGUCAAAGUAAUGUAUAUAAAAUGUCUAUAAUAAAUACUUAAUGGUGUA